ACCUAAUGGUCUAAGUGUCCUACAAUCGUAGUUAUUUUUAAAAAGAAUGUCACACCUAAACACAUCAGGCUUCACCGCUGCGGAGCAGGAAUAAUGACAGAGGGCCGCAAGUAGCACACAUUGAGUUCUCAGUUUGCUCCUGUCCUGAAGACAGCCACCUUUAAUUAUCAAAAACGUUUCUUUGUUGACAGUGCUUCACAAUGGCAGUGCCAAAAGCGACCCAGGACCUCCUAACUCCAGCCUUUGUAGUGGACCUCCCUAAAGUGAAGAAAAAUGCCCAGGUGAUGAUGGACAGAUUUAAGAAACUAGGAGUCCAACUUCGACCCCACAUGAAAACUCACAAAACUAUUGAGGGUGGGGACAUCAUGACCAAUGGCACGCGCCGGUGCAUCGUUGUGUCCACUUUGGCGGAAGCAUCCUUUUACGCCGAGCACGGUUACGACGACAUCCUGUACGCCUACCCGUUACCCUUCGACAAGGUGAAGAAGUGUGCAGAGCUGUCUGAGCACCUCAGCUUGUUCCAUGUGUUGGUGGACAGUCUGGCAGCUCUGGAGCAGCUGAGGAGCUGCCCUCUGAGCACAGGGAAAGUGUGGCAUGUUUGGCUGAAGCUGGACUGCGAGAACGGGAGAGCUGGAGUUCCUUACAGUGAUCCUGCUGCUCUUAAUCUUGCCAAAGCCAUUUCCGGGAGCCAGGGCAUAGAGCUGACUGGGGUUUAUGCUCACUGUGGGAACACAUACCAUUGCACUGGAGAACAUGAAAUCAAGGCAGUUGCCCAGGCAACCACGACCGCUACACUGGAGUUCAUGGAGAAACUCAAGACUGCAGGAAUUCCCUGUCCUAAAUCCAGCAUUGGGUCUACUCCUUCCUGCAGUCACCCUGUCUCAGACAUGACUUUACUAAGUGAGGUGCAUCCUGGGAAUUAUAUCUUCUAUGAUGUGCAACAGUCUGUAAUAGGAUCCUGUAAGAUGGAAGAUAUAGCAGUAAGAGUGCUGACCAGGGUCAUAGGUCACUACACUCACAGAAAUCAGCUGCUGGUGGACUGUGGCUGGGCAGCUCUAAGUCUUGAUAGCCGGGGUUGCCUGCCUACAGGCUAUGCUGUGAUUGAAGGACAUCCCGAACUGAAAUUGCUUUCAAUGACCCAGGAGCAUGGGAGGAUAGAACCAAUCUCUGGGAAACUGGAUUUUGACAAAUUUCCUUUGGGCAGCCUUCUCUAUAUUAUCCCCUACCACGCAUGUGCCACAGCCGCAAUGCACCCUGUCUAUUUUGUCCAGUCAGAGAAUAAGAUUGUAGACACAUGGAAACCAGUUCGGGGAUGGUAAAUGAAUGUGAGAGUGUGAAAAGCAUGUGACCCACUUAACGCUGAUAAACAUAGAAGAGUAAUCUUUUUUUGUAAACGUAAAUGACAAAACUGUCAACCUUUUGACCCAUGAUGUCAUCAUGAUGAUGAGUUCAUGUUAUAUUUAGGCAACUUGGUUGCCUGUUUUUCUGUUGUCUUCAUCCCACUGUCCCUGCCGCCACUACAGUUUAAUUAAAAUAUAAAGUAAUUAAGAACUAACAGAAAUUGUGACUACAAAACUUGCAUUACUCUUAAAAAGCAUUAUGUUGACUAAUUUGUUGUCUGAUUCUUUAAUUCAAAGCAACUUACAUUUGUACGGAUUUACACAGCAGUACAUUUCACUCAGUUGAGGUGAAGUACCUUGAUCAAGAGUAGAACAGUAGUGACUCAGCAUGGAUUCGAACCCACAGCCUUCCACUUCCAUUGAGUGAAAUGUACUGCUUAAACUAAGUCGUGAACUCUAAACACUGCUGGUCUAUAACACCAUAAAAAUGUUUUUAAUAUUUCAUGAUGUAAACAAAAUAAUAAUCAGAAUUGCUUUUUGGUGAAGAAACAGCAGUUAAUGAAUAGUGAAAGAAUAUUUUUCUACAUUUUAACACUUCACAAGAAUAUCUGACCAAUAAUGGCCUGGUAAAAUAGAAAUGGAAAUUACUUUAUCCCUUUACCACAUUAAUACUUUUAUAUAGACUGUUGAUGACUAUAGCUUUUAAUUUUAAACAGACAUUCCACAAGAAAGCAAGUAUUCAAACAUGCUCUCGUCUUUUUUGUACAGCUAAUGCUAAAAGAAAUGUUUUUGAAGACAUAAGCAUUCUGAAUCUUAAAAAAAUAAUGGCUCACUUUCUCAUUAAAUCAUACAGACAGAACCCUUCCCCUGUGGUUCACUGUCCUGUAAAUGUUGGCCUCUGCCAUUAUAAUUUAGUAAUGCUAGUACAGUACUAAUUUUUACAUUAUUUGCUGACAUUACCUUUUUUAUUUUUUUUAAAUUAGAGAAACAUAAUUAAAUAUA